AUGUCGAAGCUAUCUGACGAAACACAGGACCUCCUAUUGAAGACCAAAAUCGACGAUGUCCUCCGGGAGAGUCUGUUGAAGUUUUUGGAAAAGAUCGGCCAGGAGCCCCGAGCAGAGUACUUCUUGACGCCUGUGGAUCAGAAGGCGUAUCCUCAUUAUAAGGACGUUGUGAAGCGGCCGAUGGACUUGUCUACUAUGGAAAUGAAAGUGAAGGGGCAAAGGCCUCGAGGACGGAAGCCUCGAGUGCCCAGACCGACGAUAGAGAAGUACCAGUAUGUUCAAGAUGUCUUCAAUGAUCUGGAGCAGAUAUGGAUCAACUGCAUGACGUUCAACCGCCCAGACUGCGAUGCCUAUGCUGCCUCUGUAGAGAUGCAGGCAACCGCGCGAGCUCUCGUCGAUGACUGGGUCGUGGCUAACAUCCCUAAUGCUCGGAUGAAGGAGAUCGAUCCGAGCCCUACUGUACGACUCACCGCAGAGGUGCUGAGGGAGGUGAGUGAGGCUGAGGGCGAGCCCGAGGCUG